CUUUUCAUUGCACUGUGUUGAAGUAAAACGCACAUUCUACCGGUGACUCUCGCUGCAUAAAGACGUAUUUUACAAAAGUUCUUCAACGGAAGUACCGUUAAGACAAUCAAAAUCUUUAACCAUAUCUCAGUUGUGAUAUUUGGCGCCAACUAUUUUGUGCAAAAUGGCAAAAGUUAAGACCGAAAAAACUGGUGUACUUUCACCACGGGCUGCAAAGGUUCGAAAGGUGGCAAAAACACAAAAAUCGCCAAAAGUUGUUGCAAAGGUUGCUAAGAUGUCAGUCAAAAAGAACACUAAAAAAGUUCCUCCGAAACCGGCUCCAACUCAUCCGAAAACAUCGAUCAUGGUGGAAGAUGCAUUCGCAACAUUGAAAAACCGAAAGGGUCAUACAUUGGCAGCCAUUCGCAAUUUCAUUGCUGCAACCUACAAAAUCGAUGUGAACAAGAACAAGCGCAUACAAAAAAACAUCAAAAAAUGCAUCAGCGAUGAAUUCAACGCCGGCCGUGUUCGUAUGGUGGACUCAGAAGAAGAUGAAAUCAGUUACCGUAAUCGAUUCGCAUUGGUGAAAUGAAGCGUCUCUAUCGUUUAUUUCGAUAGCCGUAUUCGUAUCCAUCAGACAAAAGUUUUGAUUAAUUUUAGUAAGUUAUAUUGAUAUAACUAACAAAAAGUGAAAAAAAUCUGUAGCGUGAAAUGAUUUAAAAAAAAAAAUUCUAGACAAAAAAAAAACAUUUUCGAAGAUUAUUAGAUAUUUUGUGAUUAGAGAAAUAUUUUCCAAAUCCAAAUUACCGUAAAGAAAAUAAUAUUUAUCG